CAGAGACCUCAAACAAACAAAUAUACCUUUACUGCUUUCCUUUCUCAAUUCUAUUUUCUCUUUCUUUCUCUCUCCGAAGAAAAUUUCAACGGCCGGCCGGUGGUGGUGGCGUAGCCAGCGUCUCCGUAGAUCUGAAUCCUCUCUUUCCUGAUCUAUCCGAGCAAGUGACAUAUUUGGCAUCGCCAUGGCUGCUCCACCCGCUAGAGCUCGAGCCGAUUACGAUUAUCUCAUAAAGCUUCUCCUGAUCGGCGACAGCGGUGUGGGUAAGAGUUGCCUUCUUUUGCGUUUCUCUGAUGGGUCCUUCACAACCAGCUUUAUUACAACCAUUGGCAUUGAUUUCAAGAUAAGGACCAUCGAGCUUGAUGGAAAACGUAUUAAAUUGCAAAUCUGGGAUACUGCUGGUCAAGAGCGGUUUCGAACUAUUACAACUGCUUACUACCGAGGAGCCAUGGGUAUUUUGCUCGUGUAUGACGUCACUGACGAGUCAUCUUUUAACAACAUCAGGAAUUGGAUCCGUAAUAUCGAACAACAUGCUUCUGACAAUGUUAAUAAGAUUCUCGUGGGCAACAAAGCUGAUAUGGAUGAAAGCAAAAGGGCUGUCCCCACCUCAAAGGGCCAAGCUCUUGCUGACGAAUAUGGCAUUAAAUUUUUUGAGACUAGUGCAAAAACAAAUUUAAACGUGGAGGAGGUUUUCUUUUCAAUAGCUAGAGAUAUCAAGCAAAGACUUGCAGAUACUGACUCGAGAGCCGAGCCUCAGACGAUCAGGAUUAACCAACCGGACCAGGCAGCGGGAUCUGCCCAAGCCGCCCAAAAAUCAUCUUGUUGUGGGUCUUGAGAGCCAAGCAAAUUGUGAUUCAAAAUUGGUAACUUUCAAAAGCAACCAUCCAUCCUUGGUUGGAAAAAAAACUGAUUUCGCUACAACUAUGUCACUGGCGCUUGUAUUGCUUUCUCUUGUCAUCAUUUUACAGUUAGUUUGGGUGUGAAAGGUAGACCUCGUAUUUUUUUACGAAAGUAAUUACAUAUUAGUUCAUUUUCUUUUAAAACUUUUUUUUUAAUUAUUAUUAUUAUUAAUCUUUGUGAGCUUGGAAAAAGAGUAUAUAAAAAUCGUUUCUUUUGUGGGGUA